UUCGUUUGAUUCAUUUACAUCAUACCGAUUUUGGCAAAUCGCGCCCUUCUGGAGGUCUAUACGACAAAUGCUAAUCAUUUAAGCAGGCUAUCAUAUACUCACUUCAACGAGUAUGUGACUUGCUGUAGUCUCGUGAACGCUUUGGACCGAGAUUCAUAAGAUUCGACUCAAACGAAUUACCUCGCGCUCAAGACAAACUACUUCCGUUUCAUUUUCAAUUCUUGCGUGCUAAUAAAACUUAGCGUUUCGUGGGGGAUUUAUCACUACUACACCGUUUCUUUGUGCUUGUUAGUCUUCAGACAUGUAUGCCUACAAUCUCGUGGUGUUUCUGUGCGUUGUGGUGCUCCCUUUAGGACUGAUAGAAGGCAGCCUGCUGCGCACGAGACGCGGCGCCUGUGAACACGGGACUUACCAGAAUCAGGGAAACACUUGCUGUCUUUGUUCCGCAGGUUAUCGGGUCUUAAGUCACUGCACAGAUGAAACUGAAACAAAAUGUCAGAUUUGCGAGGAUGACACUUUUAUUGAUCACAACAAUAACGACGAAAAAUGCCACCGUUGUAAAUACUGUGAUUCCAGUGCAAACAUGGACACGAAGGUGAAAUGUUCACGGGCGUCCGACACUGUCUGCGGGUGCAAGGAAGGAUAUUAUUGUGGAAAGAAUGACCUGUGCAAGGCCUGUUACCCCUGUGACAAGUGUGAGAAAAAUGGAGAGAAAGAACGCUGCACAGAAACCCACAACACUGUGUGCCAAGAGCCCGUCCAUUCACAAUCCACAGAGACCAUUGUAGCUGUGUUGGUGUUGCUCGUAAUUGCGGCUGGUGUUGGUGUGCUGAUUUGGCUGUGGAAAAAAAAAAAGCUUUGUUUUAAGGAUAAAAAAAAUCUCAAAGUUGACCUGAAUGGGGAAGACCUUCAUCUGAACGAUGUGGACCUGAACCCUUACCUAUCAGAAAUUGCUGAUGUUCUGACCUGGAAAACAAUGAAACAUGUUGCCCAGCGGAAUGGAAUGAGUAAAGCUGAUAUUGAGCAACAUCAACUUAAUCACCCUGAAGAUGUGAAAGAACAGACCUUCGAACUUCUGCAAGAUUGGUCCCAGAGACAAGGUUUAUAUGGAGCCUACUCAGCUCUCAUCAACACGCUUCACUGCAUGAAGCAAAAAAGAACAGCAGAUGAGAUCCGGAAAAUUGUUGAGAAAGAAGCUAUGUCUCAGCCGUAGACUCAGUGAGAGUCGUGAACUAAAAAGUCUUCACAUAUAUUUGUAAUGUUGUGAAAAAACACCAGUGGCAGAAUUUGAAUUUCUUGUCUAAAAAGUCUAGGUAUGAAUUGUUUGCUAUAAAUUUGGUCACGGACAGCAGACGGCAUAGUAACCAAAUAUAGGUCCUUUUAGACUGAUGAACUGAUGAAUUUUGGUGUCAAAUGUCCUUUUCCCACAGUACACCACAUGCAUUUAGUAUUUUAAUGUUAUUUUGAAUGAUUUGUGUAUGAAAUUAAACUGUUAGUGCUUGGCUACUUCACUUGAAAUGUUAAGAGAUGAUGUUGAUUUAAGUUAUUUGCUAAGGAUAUCUUCUGUACAAAAAAAACUUUGUACAACUGGACAAAUUGUCAUAUUUAGAGCUACAAUGGCCCAAACCUAACUAACUUCUCCCAAUUAGUCCAGCAUAUAAGGGAAAACUGAAAACACUGCAUUUGUGAAACUGCUAAAGGAUUUUCAUUUAGCAAUUUCACAAAUGCAGUGUUUUCAGUUUUCAGACUAGCAACGAUUUGUUCACUUCCAGCGGGCUCAACGAUGACCAAAAAUCGAUCAUUUUAGACUGGUCUAAAAAAAUAAAUCAGUCAUUCAGUCUCA